AUGGCUACAGGUAAAGCACCAUCUGCUGUAGAAGAAGCGUUACGAACAACAGAUGAAAAGGCUAAUUUUCAGCGGUUGACACGGCUUCUGAUGCGUGGAGGACUCGCACUUUUAAGGGAAGUGUUUGACGCCAUCCAUCCACCAGCUAAUCUUCCAGCUGUGCUUGGUAACCCUGCCGUAAAGAAGCAGCUGCAAACACUGAGAAGAAACAGAGUCCUCAGCCAACCCGAAUGGGACUGCCUUUACAACCCAAUUGGGCCAGGAAGGCAUGGAAAGUCAGUGGAUUUUGAUAUCAGUUUACUUUGCAAAUUGCUUAGAUCAAUAUGCAACCUCACCGCUCCGGUGACUGGAUGGGACAAUUUUCCUAUCAUCUCAGAUCAGAGCCGUGAGGCAGACUUAGUCAGAAUUAAGUAUUAUCGCAACGAGAUUUAUGGUCACAGCCCCUAUAUGGAGAUAACCUAUACUGAGUUUCAGAGGCUUUGGAUGGAAAUCAGUGGGGCCCUAUUGAGAAUUGCCGGCGGGAUAAGUAGUGCAAAGAUGGAUGAGUGGAAGAAGUCCAUCGAAAACUUUUUCCGUGAACCACUAACACCAGAUGCACAAGAAAAUGUCUUACAACUUCGGUUAUGGUACAAACACGACAUGGAGACUAAAGUCAAAGUAGAAGAGCUGACGGAAGAGGUGAAGCAGAUGAAAAUUAAACAAGAGCAAAUGCACAUGGAUAUACUCAUGCUUGUUGACUCUUUUAAAGCAAGUGGGUCUUUUGUCCGCCCAUUGACCAUUGCAGCCCCACAAGUGCAAGGUGGCGGAUUGCAAUCUAAACUAAGUGAGGAGACACGAACACCCAUACACCCAGAGGAGUCACCAGUAGAAGAUACUCCAACAGGUCCAUUCUCUCCAUCCACAAGCACGGAGCUUCAAGGAAGUCAGCAGAAUCGUCCAAAAGUUCUUGACUUCUGGUAUGUUGUGUAUUCAUUCAAGAAAUCGUUAGAUGUAUUGCUUGAAUACCUGAAAUUAAAGCUUGGAGUUGACGUUAAGGCUACAAACUAGGCAGCUUGGUCAAAACAGUUUUCUGCAGUUCAUUAGAGAUCCUCGAGGCAUUGUGGAAGGAUUACCGCACAGGGCAUCUUAAUGAGGUGGUUCAAGUUACGCUUGUAAGAGCACAGGUUCUGAAAGAGUUUGACCUCAAAGAGGUGACACUGAGAACCAUUAUUUCAGAGGAAGACUCCUUAUCAUACAAAAAUUAUUUCAACAACAGACCAGGUAAUAAGAUAUAAUAUAAUAAUUUUCUCAGGAAGAAAAAUGCUACUAUGAAAUUUGUGGGUUGGAAUAUUUUGGAGCCCGCGCGCCGAGCUGUUAACCAAACACACAAUCAAAAACAUGAAGCACAGGAACAAAAUGAGACUAAACAAGAAAUCGGCAAUCAUUUGCUUUAUUUAUUUAUAUUACUAGAUUUCCAUAGAAUUUAUUAACUAUAGUAGUGUUAAGUCCUCACGGAGGGAAUUCUCUUAAUACAGAGAAUAAAAAGACUAGUACCGCGGUAAGAAAAAAACCAAGGCAAUAAGCGCAACUAAUACAAGCUUUCAGCUCAACAUCAAAACAACGUAUAUUCAGCUUUUACAGACAAGUUACCAGGCAAGAUUCACCCUAGAAAAUCACCAAGGUUUUUAUUUGCAAAAAAGAGACUUUAUUCUUUCUCUUUAGAGGCCAUGAACCACUGGUUCUCUUAAUUUUACCAGAUCCUUGACACGUCUAUAAUCAGCUGAAAUAUUUUGUAAGGUAAAAGAAAACAUUCAUUGAUGCGCUCGUUUUGUACCUGUACGUAGAGCAGUCAAAACACAAAGAACGCUAUAAACUGGCACUGCCGGCUCGUAUAGCAGGUGUAUUGAUGGGUUUUAAUUUGGUAGUUUACUUUCUAUGCCCUUCUCACUCUUUUAGGUCAAAAAAAAAAAAGACGACGCCUCAAGACCCAACCGUUUUAAGCCUAAGCCUGCUGCUGGUAAGGCAUAUGUUAAGGUUAAAUAUUUAUUUGGUUUAAAUUUUAUUGUAAUUUGCUUGUGGGUAAUGAUAACGCUGAUAAUAAGCUUACAACAAUUAAGUAAAAUAAUUUAAACCAAGGGUAUAUAAAAACUACAUUACCCGAAGCGCUGGUGGGAUCCGAGAAGCCAUGCCUGGAAUGUGGCUUCAAACCAGUGGGAAGAUUAGCCAAACAAUCUAAAAAUAUUCCCUGAGUAGCGGUUUACCAUCACAAAUUUCUUCAAGUUUUGAAGUGACCGUAACUGUACUGAUGAGGUGUAACCAGUUAAACGCUCUACCAUAAAGCCAAAAACAUCUUGGUGUGCACAGAAAGUAAUAUUUUCCCCAGGGGUAACCCCGCCAAAACCAAAAACAACUCUAAGAUCUUACCGGAUUUAAUGGGAGGAAGGAGUGCUCCAUUGCAGGUAGGAAGUGGAAGAAGAUCAGCCUCGUUCCCAGUCGUCCUCGGCGAUUUCGGAUGUGACGUCACCUGUCAAGCUUGUCGAGAAAAUUCGCCUCUACGAGGCUGGAAGAAGAUGUGGUGAUGCUCGAUAUACCAAGUCAACAUAUGCACUGUUGUGUCCUAUUAUUGUGUGAAGAUUAUUGUUUUAUUGUGUAAAGGCUAGGGAUCAUUGUUAUGUUCUUUGUGACUAAACUCGUCACAAACUUGUUCAUACCAAAAAAUGUCACACAUCCACAUCCGUUUUCAGGCCUGGAGGUGGUCUCAAAACGCAAGUUACAUCAUGUUUCCCCAGACAAAUUAAUCACGUGUUAAUGUUUACAUAAUACAGAAACUUUGCAUCAUUGCAACGAAAAGAUUUCUUAAAAUACAGUUUGAAGUCGCAUAUUAUACUUUCUUUUACUUUUAAACUCCUCGGCUCGUAGAACUUUACCCUCCUUAAGUAACCAGAAAAAAGUUAGUCAAAGCUUUAAGAGAUAACCUUAUUUUAAUGGCAUUCCUUCAUAUCUGUUAGGUAAAGCGAAAAGUAAAGAUUUCCCAGGAGAAUUUGUAUCUCGGCUCACUGCAGGUAAACCCACUUGUCAGUUUCUUUUUACUCAUCGGUUCGUGUGUGGGAAAAGUGAUUAUCCUAGUGUGUGAAAUUUUCAGGCAAGUCACAGCCAUGCGCGUGAAGCGUUAUAGUGAUCGCUUGGUUUUGAUUUCCCUUUCACCCACGUUAGGUAGAGCGGGAAUGAACCUUGGUUCGCAGACAAUUGCAAUGGAUGCGUCACUUGAGGAAGCUGCUUAUCCUGCGCGUGCUGGAGGUAAGAUGUACACCUCACCAUGAUCAUACGGCAUUUUCACAUACUUAUAGCCUGAGAAAACAGCCGACAUUUGGCGACGCCAGCACUGGUUUCCCCGCGAAAUGACGUCUGAGAAACAAGCGCAGAAAUUCCAUACAGAUGACGCUCACUACCCAGGUCUGGGUUGCGCUUCUGAUUGGUCGUGCCGCAAGGGAAAUUUGCUUCAGCCAAUCAGAAAGGGUAGUAUGGGUGGGAGGAAAGGAAAAUAUCCUAUACAGUUUCGUAACCAUUCAAAUACUUACACAGCAAUGUUUUUGCUGUUUUUAAAGUUAAAUAUCGUUUUCAGCAAAAAAAUAGAAAAAAAAUAAAUAAAUAACACUCGAUGCAUCCUCAUUUCUUCGCAAAAAUUAAUAGUUACCUUUUAACAGGAGUUUGUUAUCAAAUUGUGACAUUUAAAUCGCUAGAAAUACCUUAAAUUUAGGAGACCGCGAAAGUGCACUCGCCGAUGCACAAGUUGGCCAUUUAAACGGCACGAGAAAGGGGCGACCCCGCAUCCAUUUGAAAGAUUGUUUUUUAUUAGCUGGGAAAACAAUAGGGAUUGCCACAUAACACUGCCCCUAUCCCUGAAAACAAUGGAAGUGCAAAUUAAAGGUGAACAAUGAAAUGAGAGGUUUAGAACGGUGCAGGCCUACUGCGAGGAAGACACCAACUCACAGUCUAGCUCAAUACCAUGAUCAAUAAUAUAGUUAUGUUUCCUCAAAAAACACACUCAAACUCAAAUACACAUAACAUUUUUCUGUACUAGUCCGGCAGGCCCGUAGCAGGUGGAGGGACAGGAGGGAGGGGGCGGGAGGCUCGCGCCUCUAAGAAUGUUUGGAAGUUUAAAAACGUGUCAAAAAUAUAUAACUGAAACAUAUCACAGUGUACAUGUACGUCUUCGUCCUCAACCUGUGGUCUAAUCACAAAAGUGGAUUUAAACAAACCUACACGAUUAAGCAUGCCAAGUGUAAUUUAACCAAUAAAAGUUUGACAACAGAACUUAAGAUUUCGACUAAACCAAAACAGAAAUUCUGAUUUGGGUAAACUCAAAGUGAGCUCUAAUCUCAAGAAUGGAACCAACACUCAAAUUUAACUAAAACCUAAACUUAAAGAUGAUAACACUCAAAACCCUAUCAAACACCAAUGUAGGGAAGUGUGGAUUAACCUUGAACCACAAACCUUUUCAUAACGAGACUUUUGCACGAGUGAGACCUCGAGCACAAACAAAAAUCAACCAAAAAAGGCACGACAUGAAUGAUUAAAACAAUGCACAAACUACUUAACAACAUUCCUCCCCAUGACACAAAAGGAUACAAAAAUAAAAAUAUAUUUUUCAUGUUAUUGGGUCCAUUAUAAAGAUCGCAGAGCAGCCAAAAUCACAAAUAGCCAAAGAAGGGUCAAAAGUUGAACUAGCUUGCAAGAUUGAGAGAGCAAGCAAGAGGUUCAUGUAUCACUGGUAUAAAGAUGGUGUCGCCAUGGAUGGGAAGAACGAGACCGUUCUUGUUCUGGAUCCAGUUGAGCUGCGGGAUUUUGGGUCUUACAUGUGUCAUGUGAGCUUAUAUGACGAAGGCGAAGAGACAGACACUGCAAUACUUGACGUCAUCCCUCAGCCGGGUCGUAAUGGAAUGCGACCGAGACUUCUGGCAGAGUUAGACUACCACACGAUGUAUGAUGUGGCAUUGCUAUUGGAAAUCAAGAAACCUAGGCUCUGGGACUGGAGAGCAAUUGGUGUCAAAUACGGUAUCAGAGAUCACAAGCUAACGGCUAUGGCUAAUUCCGGUGAACCUGGGACAGAACUCCCCCAAUUUUUAAGAGCGUCCAUGCCAGAUUUGAGAGUGUAUGAUUUUUGUAAAACACUUAAAGAAGACAGCUUUAAGAGGCUGGAUAUUGUAGCGAAACUAGAGAAUCACUUUUUAGUCGCGAUCAGUGACUAA